CGCGGUAGUCCCUCGCGCGCCGCCGUGCAGGAAGCCAGGCGCUCUCCCCUAUCGAUUGGACGCCGCCUCCGCCCCGCACAUCUGUCAGAAUGGCUCUCAAGGAGUUAGUCGGGAAAAAGAUUAUGAAUGAGGUGAUACGGUCGAAGAAAAAGUCGGCCAGCACGGAUUGGCGGGUGUUGGUGGUGGAUCAGUUGGCCAUGCGGAUGGUGUCAACAUGCCUUAAGAUGCACGACAUCUCGGCGGAGGGCAUCACCAUUGUGGAGGAUAUCAACAAGAGUCGAGAGCCCCUGCCCGCCCUGGAGGCCAUCUACCUCAUCCAGCCCACCAAGCUGUCAAUAAGCGGCCUUGAACAAGACUUCAUCAUAGCAAACAAAGCAAGAUACAAAUUAUGCCACGUCUACUUCACAGAAACAUGUUCAAAUGAGCUCUUCAAUGAACUCUGUAAACAACCAGUGGCCAAGUACAUCAAGACCCUCAAAGAGAUCAACAUUGCCUUCCUGCCGUAUGAAAGUCAAGUAUUCUCCUUGGACUACCCCAAAGCCUUCCCCUCUUACUACAGCCCCACACAAGCCCAGACCCGACAGAGCACCUUGGAGCGCAUGGCUGAACAGAUAGCAACAGUGUGUGCCUGCCUCGGCGAGUACCCAGCUGUCAGGUACCGCGGAGACUUCGAGAGGAACGUGGAGCUGGCCCAGCUGGUGCAGCAGAAGCUGGACGGCUACAAGGCCGAUGAGCCGUCCAUGGGGGAGGGGCCGGAGAAGGCUCGCUCGCAGCUCAUCAUCCUAGACCGCGGCUUUGACUGCACCUCACCGCUGCUUCACGAGCUCACUUUGCAGGCCAUGGCAUAUGAUCUUCUGGACAUUGAGAACGACGUGUACAAAUACGAGGCCACUCAAGGAGAGAACGAGAAGGAGGUGCUGCUGGACGAGAACGAUGACCUCUGGACGGAACUGCGCCACAACCACAUCGCUGUCGUCUCACAGAACAUCACCAGGAAGACAAAAGAGUUCAUGGCCACCAAGCGCAACAUGGGGGACAAGACGUCGAUGAAGGACCUCUCACAGAUGAUCAAAAAGAUGCCGCAGUACCAGAAGGAGCUGUCCAAGUACGCCACACACAUCCACCUGGCGGAGAGCUGCAUGAAGAAGUACCAGGAGAACAUCGACAAGCUCUGCAAAGUGGAACAGGACCUGGCAAUGGGGGUCGAUGCAGAGGGUGAGAAGAUUAAGGACCCCAUGAAGAACAUCGUCCCCAUCCUGCUGGACACCAACGUGGAGAACCUGGACAAGCUGCGCGUCAUCCUGCUCUACAUCCUGGCCAAGAACGGCGUGUCCAACGAGAACCUGGAGAAGCUGCUGCAGCACGCCCAGAUCCCCCCCACCGAGAAGGACACCAUCAACAACAUGGCUCACCUCGGCAUAAACGUAAUUGUGGAGGGAGGGAACCGCAGCCGCAAACCUUACCAAGUCCCCCGGAAGGAGCGCAUCACCGAACAGACCUACCAGAUGUCUCGGUGGACCCCGGUCAUCAAGGACGUCAUGGAGGACACCAUCGACAACAAGCUGGAGGAGAAACACUACCCAUUCCUCGCAGGACGCUCUGCCACCAUGUCCAAGACCGCUCCCACCAGUGUGCGGUACGCUGGUAACUGGCAUAAGGACAAGGUGAAGAAUAUGCCGCGGCUGAUCGUCUUCGUGGUGGGCGGCAUCACCUACUCUGAAAUGCGCGCCGCCUACGAGGUCACCAAGGCUGUCAAGAACUGGGAGGUCAUCAUUGGGUCAACUCACAUCUUGACACCAAAGGACUUCUUAAGUGACCUUCGUGAUCUCAGCAGCUGAAGCAAGUGACCCCCCCAUGACCCGGCCUCUCCUUCCUCAUCCUCAAAAUCCUCCUCAAAGACCUCCUCCUCCCCAUCCUCCUCCAUUUCCUCCAGGUACUCUCCUCCUCCACCUCCUCCUCCUUCCCCUUGUUCCCUUCGCUCCUCUUCCUCCACCGCCACCCCCACCCCCGACCCUUCUCCUCUCUCUCCAUCCAUCCCCAUCAUUGACCUGAUGCUUGCUCUCCUUCCUGUCUAACGCAAAGCUUGUGUGGCACGAAAAAAAAUAUACAUGAUAUAUUGCGUAGCAAAAUAUUUACGUUGCCAGACUUUCUUUGGUUUCUACAUCCCCAGCUUGAGUAUCUUCCUUGUUGCAGGUAGUUGCCUGAGGACUUGGGUUUCCUUAAGGUUUUCUAUGGCAGACACCAAUGCUAGGCUGCGUGCACCUCAGAAACCUUUGCCUCGUUUCUCGUCCGAUGUGUUGAUUCAGGUUCUUUGUUCUCAGAGCCUAAGGUUUUAGCAUUGUUUACCUGAUAGUUUAAUUACUGAUAAGUUUGCAAAAUGCUUAGUUGUGAUUUCCAACUUUAUAGAUGUGUUUCAGCAAGCUAUAGGUCAUAGUUUUAUUGUCUUGCAUAGCAUAAUUGUGUUGUUCUUUGCAACACCAUAUAUCAGAUUAAUAACAAAAUAUCGUGCUCCAGAUUCUUUGCACAUUAAUAUUCAAUUUUCUGUAUUUUAAACAUUUAGAUAUUUCAUAUGCUACAGUAUAGUGCUAGUUGCAUCCCUCUUUUCCAUGCAACCAUCAUGUGUGUCACAGACUGCAGCAUUGACUUCAGGGCAGCACCUCUCAGCCCCGCCAGAGUUGUGCCAUCGUGGUGUUCAGAAGUUGAUCUGCCUCUGAAACACACCCAGGCUGUGGCGUAUCGCUAAGUGGACAUCCUAUGAGGCCAGUCAGUAGAUUCCAAAAUUGCAUAAAUCUUCAUGUUUUCAUGCGAAACAGUGAGAAAUUCUGUAUUGUCUAAAGCAAUGUGAAACUUCUCAUCCGUCUCUAAAUUGACAAGUAAAAUUCAGCAGGAGAAAAAUUGAUGUCGUCCAAAAUUGAGUAGCCUUUUUAGUGAUGCACCAACAGUAUGCAUCAUCCAUUGUGUGGUGGCAGGUUGGAGCUGCGAAAACAAUUGUGGUGCGGAGAGCCAUUUUGACACCUUGUGAUUUAUAAAGGGUUCCAUGAGCUAACCCAAUGCCUGAAGCAAAUCAGAAGUAGACAUAACUCAAAAUUGCUCAUUGCAUCACAGAAUAUUGUCUGUGACCUGGUUUAUCUCGGUGUGUGCUGGGUCAUGGUUAAAUGCCUAACUCCACAGUUGGGCUCUCCAUAUGCAAUCUUUAAAACUUUCUAGCCAACCGUAUUUGCCUGGGCUUUAUUCCCUCUCUGUCAUAAAGGUCAUGCAUGCUCCCAAAUAGUCGUGAAGGAGUGUAAUUUUUCCAUCAAAUGUCUUCACACUGCUCUCUCGCCAAUCCAAACCCGAGGCGCCGGCUUCACACGCCCGGCCCUUGCGAAAAGAUUUGUUGUAGUUCAGACGUGUGCAUUGGAACGUGCAACUUUGCCUGCUCUUUGGGAAACGGGCAAGAAAACCGGUAUAUAAUCAGCAAAGUGAAUUGUAGUCAUACAUAAUGUAAUGAAUACCAAAGCAUUGCGUUUUUGUAAUGUUUAUGCAUAUAGUAUGCACCUACAGUUAUGCAUACCUUUGCAUACACAUAUUUGAUUAGUAAGCAGGAUAUGCAAAUUUCAGUAGACAAUGCUGAAGCCAAAUCAUGUUUUGCAUUGAAGUGACCGAACAAACUUGGCUGACUGUCUGUGUCGUACCAGCAGCAUCAUCACCUUAGCAACAUAUCUCUUUCAACUGACCUUCUAGUCUCUGCACUUUGUCUUCAUUGAUUCCAUUAUGUGCCCGUGGCGGUUGGUAUAUUUUUAGUCGUUGAUCUUCAUAUCGUUGGUGUAGUCAAGUAGGGUAGUUUGUUGACUUUGAAGACCAAGCUUACGAUUAUAUUAGCAGCAUUACUUAUACUGUAGAUAGGGAUUAUGAUAAGUAUUUUUUAGGCAGAAGUGGGUUAAUCAGCUAUUAUAUAGUAUAUGCUGAUUAAUUUUAAUUUUAUAUGAGGGUUUUUGCAGGAAGCAUUUGUUAAAUUGAACAUCCAUUGUUUCUGCAUGUCAAAUUAAGACUUAUAAAACUAGAAGUAAUGGAGGAGUACAUUAGGUAUACCAUAGUAACUACUCAAGUAUUGUGUGCAUUUUCUUCACUUUUCAGCAAGUUAUUGUUACAGGAGACAUCACUCUUUCCUCAGAUGAGAAAGCAGACUACUACAUAAGCAUUGGAGUUUCUCAUGUUAGCAGACAAGUGUGUGGUGAUUGUGACAUUUAUGAUCCCUGUCAGUAUAGUAUCCGUACGCCAUCAGUUCAGGAGAAUUUUAAACUCUUUAUUAUGAAGAAAUUGUGGUCCUUGGUAUUAAAGACAUAUAUCAUGACAUUCCAGUUGUUACAAGACUCGCCUGAUCAUGUCCAGGCAUAUCAGGCGAGUCUGAUGAGUAGGAAAACGUAUUUCAUUGAACUAGUUUAUGUAUAUUGAAGUGUAUCAUUGAUUAAUGUAGUUUUAAGAUGAUGCACCCAAGCAAGAGUGGCAGCCAGCAGUGUCAAUCUAUUGUUUCUUCUUGAGUUACUAUAUUGUACUUAAUUACACGGUAGGUUGGUGAAGUAAGGCCUAGGUUAGGUUUGGCAAUAGUGGCACCUUGCUGGCGUAACACUCAUAUUAUGCAAUGAAUAUUUAACAUGAUUUCAAAUAUUAUUUAUGAGUUAUGUAGUGUUAAUGCUAGAAGCAAUAACCUCUGUAGUUUUGCUGCUUUUAUGGCAAGUAGCAGUUCUGAGCUCUGGAAGUGACACAAGUUUAGAAAACACAACUAUAUUGCUGUUUGUCAGUAUAACUAUAAAACCUGGGUAGGGAGAAUGAAUAUCAAAUGUGACUGACACUACAGUAAGAUUAAGAGGUGGUGUUCUCGUGCUCAAUUGACUACUGAGCAAGGAAACAACAGUGUGCAUGUGUGUGUGUUUUUGGCAGAGCACCAAUCCAUGGUGUUUGGGUCUGCAUAUGUAGUCUGUUAUGUCCCUCUGAACCAUGGGCUGUCAGACUGUGUAAGAAAUUAGCUUUACUAAAGGAAAAUAGGGGGUUUAAAAGACUGUUAUUUAUUAUAAAAAUGUGCUGCUCAAAAUUGAAGUUUGGAUUUGAUUUCAGUAAUCGCAAGCAGAAAUUUCUGCUGUUUGAAAUGGCCUUGAAAUUAAAGCAGAAGAGCAGAGCAUAAGAAAUGCUUGCAUUUCUUGCCUUGUUGGUAGUUCUUUAGGGCUGUGUUUGAGAGACACAUUCACUUGUUUUACUGGACUUGAUUCAUGAUCUCAAACCAAGUCAGGCCUAUCAUUGUUGACAAGUAUGGUUGUGUCCAUGUUUUUUCUAGUCAUAUUCAGUCUGUAGAGGCUUCACAUUUAUAGUGGGAAGUGAUCCACGUGGACCUGGAUUAGCCCAACCCUGACCACCCUUGUGGACACCAUCAUCAUCCAGUGAAAAUUUCAAUGAAUCUUAACAAGACUUGCUGGCCUAAGGCAACUCUGAGUAAUGAGCAGUACAGUUUACUGCUGCCUUUUUUUAAUGGCUGAAUACAAACUUGGGCUGUAAUACUAACAUUGUGGCUUUACGUAGCCUCUGCCUUAUUGUUGAACUGGUGUUACGCCAGGAGCACAAGUUAACAUUUGACAUUCCUUGAUUGGUUGACAUUCAAUAUCAAGAUUUAAUUCUGAGACUGAUAUAUUUGUCUUUUAAAGUUACCAUUCAAUGUACUUAAUACAUAUAAUGUGAUGUAAUAAAAGUUUGAUGUUCACCUCAGUCCUGGGUCUCUUCACAUCCACUCGCGGCCCGUCGUGUCGGCCUCCUGGCCCGUCACGGCCCAGCCAGCAUGGAGGAGCUGCUUUAUUAUGUCACAUUUCAUGCAGGGGGUGUUUGCCAGCCUGUGCUCGCCCCUCCACUUAGUGCUCGUAUGAAAGACAAAGCUAUUCUGAAAAUUGAGCUGAAGUGUAAAAAUCAGAUGUCAAAUUAAUGAUCAUUGGUUUUUAUUUUGACAGUCAUUCAUUUUUAAACCUCGGCUAAAUUUUCCAGAAUAGUUUUCCCGAGAUGUGAAUGUUGAGUGGAAGGGUGUGGAUGUCUUGGCAAGCACCUCUUUGUAUAUUUAUCCAGAUUUCAUUUCCCCAUUAUGUUACAAAUUGCACUUGGGAUUGUUAUAAUAGCUAUCAAAGGAACUGGAAACCGAGUCUUUGUACUAACUGAACUGUGGAUCCUUGCCGCCAGACUAAGGGGACGUGGCUUCGACAAGGGCAUAAUACCUAUCUUGUUCAACGAAUUGACCCUUGAAGGUAGAAUUUUGCAUAAGAAGGACACCGUCUUGUUUGAUUUUUAGCUGUAUAUACUUGUUUAUAGGGUUGUUUAUUUUUAUGUUGGUUGAGAUGAUUGGUUGUACAUACCUAAGCUAAGGAUGAUUUAGACUAAAAGAGAGAAAAAGUUAUAAUUUAGUAGGUUUACCAAAUUCUUAUUUCCUGCAUUUCUUGGGUGAUUGACCAUGAGUUUAUUUGACUGAGCUAUAUGCCUGGCAACUGUGACCAAGAAGGGUGACCAAGAACCUGGGGGUGGAAGUCAUAAUAUAUAAACGUAAGCAAAGUAACUGAUUGAGAGACACUGAAGUCGUAACUAUUCAGGAAAAAAAUAUACAUGAUACACCUAUUGGAAUGCCUUUGUUUUCCUCCAGAGGCCAUCUCGCAGGACUAAAGGCAGCAGUAUUUUGAGCAGGCAUAUGGCUGGUGCAUCCUAGACAUUCCCACAGCUCUCCAGCUCUGUAUUCUGUGUUGUCUUGUCCUGUUGGCUAUCAGGCCUAAACUUAAUAUAUAUGUCAUUAGUCAACACUGGCCUUUCCCUUAACCAGAGUCUUGUCCAUCAUGAUGCCAACCUGUUCCAAAUAAAGAGUACUCACCUCCA